AUGUCUGCUGGAAUGUCAUGUGACAUGAUGGUCACAUUUAAACCAAUGAUUGAUGAAGAUCUUGAAGGGGAAGUGAAGUUCUUGGCGCAGACUGGUCCUUUCACAGUUCCUUUAAAGUGUACCACUAAGAAGUGUGAGUUGGCCCUGGAUAAGGAAUUCAUUGACUUCGGCAGGCAUGUCAUUGGAGAGACAGUGACACUGAUGGUGACAUUAACAAACCGAGGAGCUCUUGGGACAAACUUCCAUGUUAGGCCAUUGACGCAGGCUAACAACAUCGAAAAGACACCUGUAAAGGUCUUCUCUAAGCAAAUGAUAACUCCAGUUUCCCCUGAUCAAAUCUCUAGAGACACAAAUACCUCAGUUUCAAUAGAUUCCACAAAUCAGGAGCAUUUAGAAGCUUCAGACUAUAACCAAACAGAACCCACAAGAGUAGAAACAACUCUACCAGAUGAGGAACCCAGAAGUGCCAAACUACAAAAAGAAAUAGGCACUGAAUAUGUCAAUGAGGAACCCCCUGUUGCUGUGGAAAACACACACAGUGGAGAUGAACAUCUGUAUGGAGACAUUCAGGAAGAAACUGCAGAUAUCAAGCUGGGUGAGGGAAUGAAUGGAGAGAUAGCACCUUUUACAUCAGUGAGAAUUCCAAUUAUAUUCACCCCAACCUUCCCAGGAAAAGCGAGUGCAUUAUUUGAGAUCACCUUUGAGAAUAAAAAUUGCAAAGCUAUUCCUAUCACAGCCACUGGAGUGGCUAUUGAUGUUCCUGUCUAUGUUCCAAAUUCAAAUGUUGAUCUGAAGAUCUGUUCUUUUGAUCGUCUGUACCAGGAUAGUGUUGUUGUUAAAAACAGAGCAACAAUUGCCCUUCGUUUAAAGUUUGAAGUGUGCAAAGAACUAAGGAACCACAUGGAGCUGCUUCCAAAGACUGGUUUUAUUCAGGCUCAGUCAUCCUUCAGUGUACAGCUCAAGUUUAUACCCAGACACUCUCUUUUUGAAGAUGCUGCUGAAUUUUUUGAUAAAGAAACUGGAGUAUUGGAGGUCCCUGUGACAAUAACAGUGGUUGAGCAGACCCGGCCUGUUAUCUUUACUGUUCACGCUAUUGUGACAACAUCAGACCUGGAAAUCAACCCCACUGAGGUAGAUUUUGGGCACUGUACCAUCUUUGAAUCAGUUCAAACAUCCAUUCGAUUAACAAACAAGUCAAUCCUGCCCCAGGAGUUUGGUUUUGUGGGAAUCCCAGAGUAUGUAGACAUUCAACCCAAUGACGGUUUUGGAACUCUGCUUCCCUUGGAGACAAUCACACUGGAUAUCAAAUUCAGAGCCCCAAAAGCUGACGAAUACAGUUUUGAUCUGACAUGCAAAUCGGCUAUCAAUAGACAAUUUAAGGUCUCCUGUAAAGCCAUUGGGGUCCACCCGCCUCUGGAACUGUCUCAUUCCUUAGCCCAAUUUCCAGGAACAGCCUUAAAUGAUGUCUCCAUAGCCACUUUGUAUGUCGUCAAUUCCCACAUUAGCUGCAAUGAAUUCACUCAUCCUGUACCAAGGAUUGGUAAAGGAGAGAUUGCGCCUGUUGGACCUACUUCAUUUCAGUUUAUGGUACCUGAUGAUUCAGCUAUCACUAUAUCACCAUCGGUUGGCUCUGUUUUGCCAGGAAAGAGGUGCCUAAUCCAGGUUUCUUUUAAACCAACCCUUCAUGACAAGGAGAUCAGGGAAGAAGCAAUGAGAAUGCUGCAUCAGGCAGUGGAAACCAGAGCACUUCUUACCAAAGAAGCCCCCACAGCAGUGGAAAAUGAAGACCAGAGCAAAAGAGAAAAGAGAAAUGUAUCUUCAAAGAAGGACAAGCGAAAGCAGUUGAUAUCUCCUAAGCAGGUUCAGAAAUCCCUCAAACCAGAAGACACUCCUACUCCAGAGCUACCCAAGAUAGAGGAUAUAAAAGAAGAUUCUGAUGAAUACACAGCUGCCAGACUGUCCAUCUACAGAAGGUUUAUGGGCAAAUUUGACAAAUAUGUUAUACCUUGUUGCAUUGCCUGUUGUGACAUUGGUAAACGUAAAGAAAAUGAAAGCCUUAACUUCAGCCCAUAUAACACCCUGUACCUUGAGCUGCACUGCCCUACCAUUGCCCCACCUCUGAUUGUCACUUCUGAAAAUGGACGCCAUCUCAUCAAUUUUGGAGCUGCUGCAAUAGGUCAAAAAUUAGUGAAGACAGUUUCAUUGCAGAACAUUUCAGCUGAGUCUGUGGAACCACGUUUCUCAAUUCUGAACCCAUGUGGUCCUUUUUCAUUGCUCAAUCCGAUUGGUAUUGUGGAGCCUGGAGCAAGUUGCCAUCUGUUUAUUGCCUUUGAACCUGAGGAGAGUAAAACCUUCUUUGAAAAUCUGGAAAUUCACACUCAGCAAGCAACGUUGUCAUUAGGUGUUAAAGGACAAGGACUGGCACCCUCUUUGACAUGCUCAGUGGAUGGAGUAUUAAACAUGGGCUAUGUCUUAGCUAAAGAUAGCACCACAGCAUCAUUUAAGUUACAUAACUCAUCAACAAUUCAGGCAAAGUAUACUAUUAAACAGGGAAGUCUGUCUGUUACUAGAUACGAGGAGCUUCAGAAACUUCCAAGUUUUAUUCGGUCAGACAAAUCUACACCCAGCUUUGUCGGUCCUCAGAAUUACAACGGGCAAAGUGUUUUCAGUGUAUCGCCUGUAGUGGGCACCAUUCAGCCUAACAAAACAGAACAGAUCACAGUUUCUUUCUCUCCGGACCACGAGAGUGUGCAUUUCUCUGACAUCCUCAUGGUGGAGCUCUUCGGCAAGCACAUAGCUCAUUCCAUCCAGCUGAAAGGUGCCUCCAGGAAGCACAUCAUGUAUAUUGAAGGAGGAGAUCCACUGGAUGACUCUACGGAGUCACUCUGCACCAUCCCAGCAACAGAAGGAGAUGCAGAUGAACCAGAAAAUACACUUCUCGUGACCCUGCAGUGUGCUCAGACAGAGGAGGAACUGAGGCCGGCUGUCAGGGAGCUGCACGUUGGCUGUAUACGCACAUUAUUAUCCUCAGCUAAAAAGAAUGUGGAAUUCUCAUGGGACAAUGUGCAACUCCUGCAACAGAAAGGAUUCACCAUUGAGCCAGUGAAAGCCUUAGUGGAUGCUGGUCAAAGAAAACCCAUAUCUAUUAACUGGAUUCCUCCUGCUGGAUACGAUCCAAAUAAACCUGAAACCACCACAGCAAAACUGACAUUGAAAGGUGAUAUUACGGAAACCUACCAGAUUAUCUUCUGCACACAAGUUGUGUCAUUAUAG